GGAUGUCACACACAGGCUGAUCUCACUGCACGCACUGUAUGUGAAGGACUGCCCCUUGAGGAUGGGAGAGUGGUCGCAGCGGGCACCAUGACACGACAGUCGGACACCAGCUAAUAUUCAGCAAAUACCAUGCAGAUGUCAGAUCUGAUUUUGUCUUGGAUAAACCUGACUGUAUUGCACAGAACCUGAACACGAAGCUGACAGAAUUAUUCGGCACUCCCUGCUGUAAGUACACAGGAUUUUUUGAGGUGUUUAUGUGAGAAGAUAUAUUUCGUACUUCUGGAAGUGACAAUGUGUAGAAUGAAGUGAAGGAACAUGAAAUCCAACAACAAUUUCCGCGAGCAGGUGACCUUAGUGACUGGUUGGUUCAAAACUUGGAGUGAGUGUGAGCAAACGGUGGCCCUGUACUCUUUGUUGAAGAAGCUGACACCAUCACAAGCCAAGUUCCUGGUGCAGGUGCUUCAGCAGUCUCUUGCAGAGUGUACAGAGGCAAAGCUGUUGCAGGAGAAGGCCAAUGAUCCAGCUUUCAUCAGCAAAGUGUGUUCUGAAUCCAAGGAGAAAGCUAUCGGCCACUUGCUCAAAUAUCUGCCUCUCUUACAGUCAGGCAAUGCUUCUGCAAAGAAGGAAUACUUACGCAUCAUUCCCGAGGUGCUCUCUCAUGCCAUUGAAAAUGGAGUGAACAUUGAGGAAAGUAGACAGCUCCUCUCCUACUCCCUCAUCCACCCUGCCAUCAGUGGGGAGGAACGCUUACAGUUCCGAAUGUGGCUGGGAUAUCUGGAGGAGAGGUUUACAUACAGCAUCAGUCCAGCAAGGGGGCCAAGUCAGUCCCCACCCUUGGCUGUCACAGACCAGACAGUUACACUGUCCAAUGGACCUAACAGUGGUCAAUGGACCACCUCAACCAAUCAAGACAUUACAAGCAUUGUGAAUGGUUCAGAUAAUGGGGAUAAUGCUAGUAACAAUGGGUAUAUUGGGAACAGUUUGGGCAGUCAUCAGUCAUUACGAAUCAGCAACAGCCAUGUAGGAGUAGUAUCAUCACCAAACAAUGGUCAUACAGCUCUCCAUGCCACUUCCUCUGCACCACCUAACUUCAGCACACCACCAGUUAGUAACCAGGGUAACAACAAUCAACAAAACAACUUGCAUGCACCUCUACGUAGGACAUAUUCAGUCACUCCACCUGUGGGCGUUCCAAACCCAGAGAAAACUGUUACUGAUUGGUUGCGCACCAAUGACAACCACCUGUCUCGGGGCAACUCCAACAACUCUACCUGUGAACAUGCUCCCCUGUCCCCCCAGAGCAGCAUCACCUCCUCGGGAAGUGGCAGUGACACCCACCCCGAUGAUGGAGGCCCCCAGCCUGUGAGAAACAGCUUUUUGGAAGAUGGUAGCGGUAUGAGAGAGGUUCCAGUCUGGCUGAAAAAUCUUCGUCUGCACAAGUACUCCUAUCUAUUUCGACAGAUGACGUAUGAAGAAAUGAUGAAUCUAUCUGAGGAAUGGCUGGAAUCUCAGAAUGUGACAAAAGGUGCCCGUCAUAAGAUCAUCCUGAGCAUUGCCAAGCUGAUAGAGAGGCAGGAUCUGCUUCGGGCACUGGAAAAGGACAUAAUGGAAAAGGGUUCCAUAAAGCAGGCCAUUACAGAGAUGAGGAACAUGUUGAACACACCUAUCAAGGGUCACGUACCUGCUACAGCCGUCUCAUCAGUAGUGUCUCCACCAAUUUCCCCAUCCACUACACCAAGUGACAGUGAUGGCAACAAAAUAGCAGAAGGAGACAUUACUGGCCAGUUUACAAGACUCAUGGGAAAAGUGUGCACCCAGCUGUUGGUGGCAAGCCGUCCUGAUGAUGACUGCUUCACAACGUACCUACAGCUCAUAGACAAGUGUCUCAAUCACGAGGCAUUCACACAGAAGCAGAAGAACCUCCUUGCCACUUGGAAACAACAGGCCCACAAGAUUUGGCAGCCACCUCCCUACAAGUAUGGCACUGACAAACCUAGAAAAGUCUGGGGUAAUACCUUCCCACUUAUUGGAACAUCUUUCAACAAUCGUAUCAACACCAAACAAAUUAGGAUCCCUCCCAAACAUGGCAUACAGCAGUGGAGCUUUGGCUCCAAGCGGUCGGUUGUUGGGGCCCAGCCUACAGGACAUAUACCCCUACAGAAGAACAACUCCCUCAACACUACAUUUCUCAACAAACCUGGGCUGCUAGAGGGGAAGCAGCAGGUGGUCAGAACCAACUCGGCUCCAAUCAGGUCAGGACAACUCUCACUAUCUGUGCCUGUGAAUGAUGAUGGCAGCACCGACACCGAGAUCAACGCCAGACUGGAUUCCCUCUGUAUUAGCAUGACAGAACAUGCUUUAGGAAGCUUAACUGAACACAGUUAUACCUGAUGACAGGACCGUGACUUGUGGAACAUCGUCUGCUGCUGGGGAUACUAAGCUGAGGUCUACUGCUGACAUGUAAUGUCACUCAGUCCUGGAAUGUCCUGCGUUAUAUCCUAAACACUUCCUACAUAGAUGCCAACUCAAGGGCAUGGAGACUUUAGAAGAGAAAUCACCACACACCCCCUCAGAUAUAUGUAGUGAGCAUGGUGUAGUCUGGAAGACUGUGACAUGUAGUCACCAUCAUCAAGACAGAUCUGAAGAUUUCACUGUGCUCAUGGGCAGAUAUGUGAUUGUUAGCCCGGAUAAACUGCUGCCUAAAUGUGUUUGUGUAUAGUGUGCUGUAUGGGAUAUAAGUGCUGGGUAGCUUUCACUGCCAACUCCUGCCAGCAUCUGGCUCCUCCACACAGCUGGCCCACACUGUAGUGCUACUCAUUUCGUCUUUCGUAAGCCUUGGUGUUGAAGGGCUGUCAUGUGACCUGCCAUAUUGUGCCUUCUGGAGCUGUGACAGAUUGUAUGUUGUUUUUGUGGUCCAGAAACUAUUUUCAUGUUUGUAGCACAUCACCUGUGUGGAGCCAUAGUAUAUGUGUCAACGGAUAUUUUCCUAUUUUGUUAUUGUCAAUGGCUAGAGUGGUGCUGAAAUAUUGCUGAGGAUCCCAUCCCUUUCUUCCUUAUAGGAAACAUUUAUCAUGGGAAUCUAAUUGACAAAUUCAAAUGAAUGCCUUUGUGAAUGGAAAUAUGUGUGAUAUAUGUUGUAGAUACCUAUUUAUGUUAAAGCUAAUGGUUCCAUACGGUCCUUCCAAACCAGUGUGAAGAUGUGCAGCAUGUGCGGAGAUGAAUACAGCCAAAACAACUUCAUCACCAGCUAAGUUUCCCACAUUGAAGUUUUCUCUGUACUUGUCACACAAAUGAUAAUCAAAUUGGUACAAUUUGGUUGUGUGCGUGAUGUAACAACAUGAUCCAUGGGCUGACAGUAGGAUGGCUUGGCUCAGGUGGUAUCUCGGGUACAUCUUGUGUCUGUUCGCUGUCCAUCAGUGGCUCAAUAUGUUGGUAUUACAGUGCAUAAGGCAAGCUAAACAGGGCCAAAGUUCUAGCAGAACUUUCAAGAUAUACCAUGUGCAUUCCAUAAUAUAUCCAUACAAAGAUCUGAUUUGACAGACGAGCAUUAUAAGGUUGUCAACAAGGGUGAAAAAGUAUGCGUCUCAUGAGACAUUCAUUACAUAAUAAACACAUAAUAUUGCUUAGAAAAACUUAAAAACUAUGAAAGCCUUAUAUUAACAAUAGUGUUUAGUUUGCAAUGAUGCACAUUAAUUUAUUCCAACAGUGAGUUACGUCAUUUCAUUAAACUUGACUAAUAAAGUACUGGGAUUAUUAUUCAAACAUUCAGUCCAUGUGCAGUGUAUGUGUGUAGUAGGUUUGUGUGUGUACAUGUGAAGUGACUUUACUGGCGUGCUGGUGUGUAUAUGGACUGCAGGCCCAGUGUCAUAGCACCAGGCACCACUCACAACUUCCCUGAGAGAAAAAGUUAUUUAUCCUUUUGAAAGUCUGCUAAGAAUCAUUUAAACAACAUUUGUAUUUUUCUGGUGAUAAGCUAUCCAACUGUGUUGAAGAUGAGGAGUUGAAUGAAAUGUUGUUAGUGCACAGAGCACUCUAUCGACAGUCAUACUGUUGUUGACUUUAUGUAUGUAAUCAUUUAGACCUCUGCUGCCAUCAUGACUGUGUGUUCUCUCAGCCUUGGUUGUAUAUAGCCCAGCUCUUCACCCUUGCUACAACUGCCGCACAUCAUUACAGUUUCUCAAUUAUUGUACCUAGGCCAGACCUUUCUAAUGUUGGGUGAACACAAUUUUGGAGCCAUUAUGCAGGAGCUCCCAAACAUUGGUGAUUGUUGAUAGGUCAAAUGCACAUAAAACUAAGUGUCCAUAACUUAAUAGGACAUUUGUUUGAUUUCUUCAAAAGAGGGAGGAAUUGAUUCGUUGAAAGCCUUAAAAAUUGAUUUAAUUCUUUUGAGGUAGAUUUACUGGCCAUUAGCCAGAGGUUUUGUGAUAAAUUCUCACCUUUUCUAUUGGGGACUGUUCAGGUAAAAGUGGUAUGUACAGCAUGAAACAAGUUGUUGGUUGAUAUGUGUGCACUGUAUACAACAACACUUAGCUACUGGAUGUUUGGGACAUAUCUAUUCUCUGAUGGUGUACACUGUAUUUAAAAUUAAUUUUAAGCAACUGUAAUAUGUAGCAGAUAAAACAGUUAUGACAGCACAUUUUUCUGCCUUGAAGCUUUUGAAUGAAAUGUUCAUAGAGGCUUACAGCUAGGUGUAAUGCUACAACUUAUGUCUUUAUAGAAAGACGGCUCCAUAACAUUAUGUCGAAUGGCAUCAUCUUUGUGAGAGUGUGCAUUAGGGGCUGGACAGUGGUGAUGUUAUAGAUAUGAUCCCACGCCAACCAUCAUGUAUAGUUUGUGUACAUAACACUUGUCAAGUAGCAAAUGUUAAUUGUUUCAAGGAAAGUGUGUGUGGUUUCUAUGUCCUAACCAAGAUGACAGUAUGAUUUUGUUGAUUCCUGCCUGUUAAUGGAGUUUGUCUUGUGUUUAUUGUGCUGGUUCACAAAAUGUAGGUACUAAUAUGGACAUAAUUCCAGGUAGUAAUGUGCUGCUGUGUCCCGGUAGUGAUGUGCUGCUGUGUCCCGGUAGUGAUGUGCUGCUGUGUCCCGGUAGUAAUGUGCUGCUGUGGACAUAAUCCUUGUAGUGAUGUGCUGCUGUGGACAUAAUCCCAGAAGUGAUGUGCUACUGUGUCCAGGUAGUAAUGUGCUGCUGUGUCCCGGUAGUGAUGUGCUGCUGUGUCCUGGUAGUGAUGUGCUGCUGUGUCCCGGUAGUGAUGUGCUGCUGUGGACAUAAUCCUUGUAGUGAUGUGCUGCUGUGGACAUAAUUCCAGUAGUGAUGUGCUGCUGUGUCCCGGUAGUGAUGUGCUGCUGUGUCCCGGUAGUGAUGUGCUGCUGUGUCCCGGUAGUGAUGUGCUGCUGUGUCCCAGUAGUGAUGUGCAGCUGUGUCCCGGUUGUGAUGUGCUGCUGUGUCCAGGUAGCAAUGUGCUGCUGUGUCCCGGUAGUGAUGUGCUGCUGUGUCCCGGUAGUGAUGUGCUGCUGUGGACAUAAUCCUGGUAGUGAUGUGCUGCUGUGUCUCGGUAGUGAUGUGCUGCUGUGUCCCGGUUGUGAUGUGCUGCUGUGUCCCGGUAGUGAUGUGCUGCUGUGUCCCGGUUGUGAUGUGCUGCUGUGUCCCGGUAGUGAUGUGCUGCUGUGUCCCGGUAAUGAUGUGCUGCUGUGGACAUAAUCCCGGUAGUGAUGUGCUGCUGUGUCCCGGUAGUGAUGUGCUGCUGUGUCCAGGUAGUGAUGUGCUGCUGUGUCCCGGUAGUGAUGUGCUGCUGUUGACAUAAUCCCGGUAGUGAUGUGCUGCUGUGGACAUAAUCCUUGUAGUGAUGUGCUACUAUGUCCCAGUAGUGAUGUGCAACUGUGUCCCAAUAGUGAUGUGCUACUAUGUCCCAGUAUUGAUGUGCUGCUGUGGACAUAAUCCCUGUAGUGAUGUGCUGCUAUGUCUCAGUAGUGAUGUGCUGCUGUGGACAUAAUCCCAGUAGUGAUGUGCUGCUGUGGACAUAAUCCUUGUAGUGAUGUGCUGCUGUGGACAUAAUCCCAGAAGGGAUGUGCUGCUGUGGACAUAAUCCCAGUAGUGAUGUGCUGCAGUGGACAUAAUCCCAGUAGUGAUGUGCUACUGUGUCCCAGUAGUAAUGUGCAGCUGUGGACAUAAUCCCAGUAGUGAUGUGCUGCUGUGUCCCAGUAGUGAUGUGCUGCUGUGUCCCAGUAGUGAUGUGCUGCUGUGGACAUAAUCCCAGUAUUGAUGUGCUGCUGUGGACAUGAUCCCAGUAGUGAUAUGCGACUGUGUCAAUGUAGUGAUGUAGUAAUGUGCUGCUGUGGACAUAAUCCCAGUAGUGAUGUGCUACUGUGUACCAGUAGUGAUGUGCAGCUGUGGACAUAAUCCCAGGAGUGAUGUGCUGCUGUGUCCCAGUAGUGAUGUGCUGCUGUUGACAUAAUCCCAGUAUUGAUGUGCUGCUGUGGACAUAAUCCCAGUAGUGAUGUGCUGCUGUGGACAUAAUCCCAGUAGUGAUGUGCUGCUGUGGACAUAAUCCCUGUAGUGAUGUGGUCAUAAUCCCAGUAGUGAUGUGCUGAUGUGGACAUAAUCCCAGUAUUGAUGUGCUGCUGUGGACAUAAUCCCAGUAGUGAUGUGCUGCUGUGGACAUAAUCCCUGUAGUGAUGUGGUCAUAAUCCCAGUAGUGAUGUGCAGCUGUGGACAUAAUCCCAGUACUGAUGAGCGACUGGACAUAAUCACAGUUGUGAUGUGCUGCUGUUGUUAUAAUCCCAGUAGUGAUGUGCUGCUGUGGACAUAAUCCCAGUAGUGAUGUGCUGCUGUGUCCCAGUAGUGAUGUGCUGCUGUGUCCCAGUAGUGAUGUGCUGCUGUGGACAUAAUCCCAGUAUUGAUGUGCUGCUGUGGACAUGAUCCCAGUAGUGAUGUGCUGCUGUGGACAUGAUCCCAGUAGUGAUGUGCUGCUGUGGACAUGAUCCCAGUAGUGAUGUGCUACUGUGUCCCAGUAGUGAUGUGCUGCUGUGUCCCAGUAGUGAUGUGCUGCUGUGGACAUAAUCCCAGUAGUGAUGUGCUGCUGUGGACAUGAUCCCAGUAGUGAUAUGCGACUGUGUCCUAGUAGUGAUAUGCUGCUGUGGCCAUAAUCCCAGUACUGAUGAGCGACUGUGGACAUAAUCUCAGUAUUGAUGUGCUGCUGUGGACAUAAUACCAGUAGUGAUGUGCGACUGUGUCCCAGUACUGAUGAGCGACUGUGGACAUAAUACCAGUAGUGAUGUGCUAAAAUGUCCCAGUAGUGAUGUGCAAUGGGUGCCAGUACUGAUGAGCGACUGGAGACAUAAUACCAGUAGUGAUGUGCUAAUAUGUCCCAGUAGUGAUGUGCGACUGUGUCCCAGUACUGAUGAGGAACUGUGGACAUAAUACCAGUAGUGAUGUGCUACUGCUGAGCAUUUCCUAAUCAUGUAGUCUACAUUGCCUUUCCUACAUCUUAAGAUAAGAUUUUUGUGUAUGUUUUUUUUUAAAACCAGGUCUUAAUAUGAGUGAAUGAAAAUAUGCAAGAAUUUGUGCACAUGCUUUUCUGUUGUGCACAAUAAUGGAGUGUUUAAUCUGCAAGUGAGCACAUUUCAGAAUAUCUUGUCCUACAAGAGUCACUAGCAUCUUUGCAUGCAUUCUGUCAAUUCGUCCAUUUCAGACUUCUCAGACAGAGGCUUGUCAGACUCCAUCGGGAACUGGGACAGUCCUCUUAGAAACUGUUGCAUUACCUAUUAAACUAGUUCAUCCUAUUUUUGUAAGAAAUUGGGCACACACAAUGAGAAUGCUUAGCAUAAUUGCAGUUUAUUCUGUGUCACUGAUUAUUAUGUGUUACUAUUGAACAGUAUAUACUAUCAUGCUUAUGAGAGACAACAGUUAAUGUUUAAACUGCAAAACGCUAGCCAAAGCAAGCUCCAUGUCCUAUGUUUUUGUUCAACUACCAGUACCACUCCUGUCAUAUAUUCCUGUUGUACUACACACCACUCUUUUCUUUCACCGAGUGCUUUGUAUUCAUCAAAAAGGUGACAUCACAAGAACAAAAGCAUGAAAUGUUUAUGGCUGUUAAUCAGUUAGAAUGAAUAAUGAAAUCACAUACUGAUGUUAAGAUGCAAAUACAGCUAUUUUGAAUUUUGAGAGAGCGGCAUGUGGACUCAAAAUUUUGAUGAACUGAUGAAGCCCAUCUUUACCUUUGAAAGCAAACUGGUUUGUGCUAAUGCAAACAUCAUGUAUGUUACAGGUUGAAAAACACUUUGUUGAAGGAAAGGAAGACAAUUUAUGUCAUAGCAGGUUCUCAUGUCUAAGCAUUCAAGAGAUGAUGCCAAGGAUGUCAUUUAAAGUUGGUCUUCAUCUCAAUAUGAAUGAUUAUAAAAAAUUCUAAAUCAAUUCUAAAAUGAUAUAAGUUAAGAACUCACUUGUACUUUGAAGCACUAAAGAAGAAUUGUGUCCAUUUAACAGUGGAAGCUCACUUGAAGCUCCACAACCACCAACAAUCAUCUUUUGAAUUGUUACAUAAUUGUAGCUUUAAAUUGGGCAAACUCGUACAGGAAGCGAAGAUUAUGGAACCUACUGUAACGAAUCAUGAAAAUGUAAAUUUGUUGGUUAAAGUUCAUUCCUAUGUUAUGUGAUGCUUGGUCAUUUGCUUGUUCCUGUUUUCAGUUAUGAAUGAGCUGAUCACAUGGUUUUCAAAAAUAACUAUUACACAUAAAUGGGUCUUUAUGUUUUGAAGAUAGCUGUUAAUGUAUAUUUGUUAAAAGGGAACACUAAAUAUGUCAGUCAAUUCCCUGCCAUGACGUGUGUGCAUUAACAUUAACACUGCAAAGCCAUACCACAUCACUAUGGUCAGUAUCUACACUGGUGCAGUCUCCAUGAUAGUCAUUAUCAGACCCAUUGUUAUAUUGAGAUACAUGUACCUUUAAUUCUUAAAGGAUUUGAAAUGUGAGACCUGCUUCUGGUAUUUUUGUUGAUGUCUUCAAAGGAAGGAAUUGACUUGAUCCACAAAAUGCUGUUAUUACAGUUUGAAAUUGUUAAUUUAAUUUGUUAGAGUUUUAAAAAAAGUUGACUUUUAAAAUGUUGAUCUUCCAUAUAUAAUUUUGAUGUUGAACAAAUGAGCUUACUACCCUUCCUCCUGGGCUCUGUAACAAGCAUCUUGCUUUGUACCAUCAAAUAAAAGGUAGAAACAUUUACAUUAUAAAUAUAUAUACAUAUAUACAUACAUAUACAUACAUAUAUAUAUAUUUUUGUAAGCCAUUCUUUGAUGUAAUGUAACACAAUUGAGAACAACAAAGUUAAUGCCAAUUGUGUGGGAGAUGGUUAUUUGUUGUGGAGCUGGCACUGGUUGUUCCAUCAGUGAGGAAGGAAGUCAGGGUUCACUAGGCACCAUUUGGUUCUCAUUGUAAAAAUGUUUGUAUUGUGUUCACCCUUUUCAGUGGACAAGUUCUUGGUUGUCACUUAACAUGCAAUGAUGUUUGAGGGAUAUUUGGAGAAAUAAAUAUUUUAAUCUC